AUGGAGGAAAAUCACAUGGGAUGGAAAUUAGUGUGGGGAGUUCGGCAAGAUGUUGUCAAUCUUUUCAAAGCUUUUGCAAGUACUAAUACAAUGACUUUUGAUGGUUUUUCUAAAGCUUGGAAAAAAAUGAACUUUAGUCAAAUAUUUAGAGAACCAGUUAAAAUCAGAUUAACAAAAUCGGAAUGGGAAGAAAUUCAAUCAAUAAUUUCAUUGUGUAAAAAAACAAAUCUUAACAGUGGUGGCUUUAUAUUUAUGAAAUUGUUUUUAAACAAAGCAUUUCUAUUUACAUCGACAAUAAGAACUUCUGGAUUAGAAAUAGGUUAUAAAAAAUAUUUCAAAAAGAAAAAUACAGGACUUUCUGGACAUUUGGAACUUGGAUUGCUAAAUAGGCCAUUAUUAAAUGAACAACUUGUAUCUUCUUUAGUCAGUUUAGAAGAAUUGUAUUGUAAAAAAAAACAAGAAUUACUUGGUAAAAAAAAUUUAGAAUUUAUCGAUAAAAAUUUUGCUGUUAAUCUUAAAUCUGAACUUGAUGAGUACACAGCAAAACUUAGAAAAAUAACUCCUGAUCAUGAAGAUAAAAAUCAAAGUAAUCAAAAUGAAGAAAAUGACUCUGAUUCUAACAGUUUGAAUGUAAAUAAUUCUAAAAUUAAAAACAAAUCGGAAAUAAAUUCAUUGAUAAAUAAGAAAAACAAGAGGAAAAAAAUGGCACUCAAAUUUUAUUUAGCUAAGAAAAAAGCAGAAUUAUAUUUGGAAAAAAUAAAACAGGAAAGACUAAUGGAAAAUUUUAAUGGCAUGCCUAGUGAUAACGAUUUACAAUUCAAACUUCCAGAAUUGGAUUUCACAUAA